AUGCUAAUAGCAAGCACACUAGAUCCAGGAGGUAGUAUACUGCCACUAGCAUAUGCAAUAGUUGAUUCGGAGAAUGAUGCAUCUUGGACAUGGUUCUGUGAGAGAUUUAGGAUAGCUUUUGGUGAAAGGGAGAAUAUGUGCAUUGUAUCAGAUAGACAUGAUAGUAUAUGGAAAGCUUCUGCAUUAGUAUAUCCCGGGCUAACUCAUUAUGCAUGUAUUUGGCAUUUGUGGAAUAAUUUACUUAAGAAAUGCAGGGGAAAUAAAGAACAGGUCAGGAGACUAUACUUUGCAUUAGCUAAAGCAUACACUCUUCAAGAAUUUAGUGAACUCAUGGGAAGGCUGGACACAAUAGAUAAGAAGUUGGGUGUAUACUUAUUUGAUAGUGGGUAUCAUAAAUGGUCUCGGGUAUAUGCAACAGUGAAGAGGACAUGGACGUUGACUUCAAACAUUGCUGAAUCUAUAAACAACAGCAUUGCCAAAGCUAGAGAAUUUCCAGUCUGUAAGUUAAUGGAUUACAUGAGACAAUUGAUUGAAACUUGGAAUGAAAAACACAGUGAAGAAGGGAGAAAUACAUUCACUGAUCUUACUAAUGAGUACAAUGAAGCUUAUGAGGAUAACAAGGAAUUAUCACACCGCAUGACUGUAAGGGCUUCCACUGAAUUCCUACAUACAGUAACAGAUGGUAUGAAGAGAUUUAGUGUGUGUCUUCGAAGUAAGAUUUGUAGUUGUGGAAGGUUUCAACUUGAUGAGAUACCAUGUGGACAUGCUUUGGCUGCUAUAAUGUACAGGCACCAACAUGGAGAGGACUACUGCUCUGCCUACUACAACAAUAAAAAUUUCAAAGAUACAUAUGCCAUACCAGUGGAACCUCUUCCAUGCGAGAGUACAUGGGAGAUACCAUUUGAUGUGUUGGAACAAAUUGUUUUACCACCAGAUUCUAAAAGACCUCCAGGGAGGCCAUCGUUUAAGAGAAUGAAACCAUUUUAUGAGGUGAAAUUUAAGAGGGCAAAGAUGACAUGUAGCAAGUGUGGCAUAGAGGGGCACAACAAGAAGACAUGUAGCAAUUUGCCCAAAUGA